UUUGCCCGAGUUAAGGAAAGGUUAUCGUUUUGGGUUGUUUAUUGACAAGAUAAAUUACGGGUCAAUCCCAGGGAGCAUCAGGAAGUAGCGUCCUUCAGGAAGUAGUUUGUUCUCGUGUUUGAGUGACAGCUGUGCGGCGGUGACAGCCCACACGGGACGGCAGCCGCAGAGCCGAGCCGAGACUCAAGAUGGCAGGUCUAUCUUUAUACUUUGAAGAUGGCCACGAUGAUCUGGAUGACUUUGGAUUUGAUGACUAUGGUUCAGAGUGUGACGGCAUCCGCAUCACAGCCUUCCUCGAUGCGGGACAAGAUAACCUGACUCCUCUCGGGAGGCUAGAGAAGUAUGCCUUCAGCGAGAAUGUCUUUAACAGGCAGAUCGUGGCUCGCGGCCUGCUUGAUGUGCUUCGAGAGUUCAGUGACAAUGAAAAUGAUUUUAUCAGUGUCAUGGAGACAGUUGCCAGAAUGUCAGAAGAUGGAGAGCCCACAGUGCGAGCUGAACUAAUGGAGCAGGUUCCCAACAUCGCCAUGUUCUUACACGAGAGUCGACCCAACUUCCCAGCAGCGUUCUCAAGAUACUUGGUGCCCAUUGUACACCGAUACCUCACGGAUCCAAAUAACCAGGUGCGGAAGACGAGCCAGGCGGCGCUGCUUGUUCUUUUGGAGCAGGGCCUCAUCUCUAAAGCUGAUAUGGAGACCAAAGUUUGUCCAGUUCUGCUCGACCUCACAGAACCCAACUGUGACGAUGACUACAAAAUCGAGGCAGUCGCGAUCAUGUGUAAAGUUGUCACCAUGCUGAGCAAAGACACAGUGGAGCAUCUACUGCUGCCCCGCUUCUGUGACCUGUGCAGUGACGCCAGACUCUUUCAAGUCCGCAAGGUCUGUGCUGCCAAUUUUGGAGAAUUUUGUUCUAUUGUUGGUCAGGAGGCCACAGAAAAACUACUGAUGCCCAAGUUCUUUGAUCUGUGCUCGGACAGUCUGUGGGGCAUAAGAAAAGCCUGUGCAGAGUGCUUCAUGAUGGUCUCCAAUUCUACCUCUCCAGAGGUGCGACGUGCAAAGUUGUCCCCCCUGUUCAUUAGCCUCAUCAGUGACCAGUCUCGCUGGGUGCGACAGGCUGCCUUUCAGUCUCUGGGACGUUUUAUCUCCACCUUUGCCAAUCCCUCCAGCACAGGCUUUCACUUCAGAGAGGACGGCGCCCUGCUAGAGCUCCCCAGGUGUACAUUAGACAGUGACUGCUCCCUAAACUCUCUGAACUGCUCCGACAUCAGCGGCUGCCACACGGGAAGAACCAUCGCUCACACGCCUCCCAACCAGGACGGCCGGGCCACACCGUCCCCAGAGCACGUGUCGACAGCCGAUGGCGAUGAAAUGCACAACUACCAUGACAACCAUUCUGUUCCCGGAGGGAUGCGCGGUGGCUUCACUCGCACAUUCACGAACAGCAACGCCAGCCCCACGACCACAAACAACGCUAAAAACACAAAAGACAUGGAGCAGACAGACGAGAACUUUAAUUCUUUCAACUAUUGGAGAUCUCCUUUACCAGACAUCAGCGAGGAGCUGGAGAUGCUAACAAGUCCAAAAUCAGAGGUAGGAAAAGAGAAGGACGAGGAGGUAGAUGAACCGGAUUGUCCUGAUUCCAAGUCGAGUCCUGGCAAAACUACCAGCGACCAGAUCCAGAAGGUCUUGGAUUGUUUGCAACCGCACAUUGAUGACCCCGAUGUACAAGCCCAAGUCCAGGUUCUGUCAGCAGCUCUGAAGGCCGCCCAGCUCGACGACCCCGAAGACGAAGACCUCACUGAACCCGAGCAGGAAGAGCAGCCCGAGGAAAACACAGAGAGCCUGUCGGCGGAGACCAAAUGUGUGGAGGUCCAGUCUGAGAGUGAAGAGUGUCCCACAGAAAAGGAGCCGAUGACGGAAGCUCCUGCAGCCGAGCCCGAGUCGAGCCCUGUCCAGGAGCAAGGGGACGAAGAGACGCAGACGGAGCCCCUGGAGGACCAGGAAGAGUCUCCUCGUGACUCCCCUAUUCUAGAGUCUGAACUAAUUGAGAGUGUAGAGGAGGAGGGAAAGGACGACUCUGCUCACAGCCCAUUGUAUGAGGAGAAGCCCAAGAUCCAGAAUGUGAUCCCCCAGCAGCUGUUGGACCAGUACCUCUCCAUGACGGACCCGGCCCGGGCCCAGACGGUGGAUACGGAGAUCGCUAAACACUGUGCCUUCAGCCUGCCGGGGGUGGCGCUCACUUUAGGGCGACAGAACUGGCACUGCCUCAAGGACACGUACGAAACCCUCGCUACUGAUGUGCAGUGGAAGGUGCGGCGUACUCUGGCGUUCUCCAUCCACGAGCUGGCAGUGAUCCUGGGAGACCAGCUGACAGCCGCCGAUCUGGUGCCCAUCUUCAACGGGUUCCUCAAAGACCUGGACGAGGUCCGCAUUGGCGUGCUCAAACACCUCUACGACUUCCUCAAGCUGCUGCACGCGGACAAGAGGAGAGAAUACCUGUACCAGCUGCAGGAGUUCAUGGUGACGGACAACAGUCGCAACUGGAGAUUCAGAUACGAGCUGGCAGAGCAGUUGAUCUUGAUCAUAGAGUUGUACAGCCACUACGACGUGUAUGACUACCUCAGACAGAUAGCGCUCACACUCUGCUCCGACAAAGUCUCAGAGGUCAGGUGGAUCUCAUACAAACUGGUUGUAGAGAUCCUCCAGAAGCUGUAUGCAUGUGGGGCCGAUGAUCUGGGCCUGAACUUCAUCAACGAACUCACCGUCAGGUUCUGCCACUGUCCCAAGUGGGUCGGGCGGCAAGCCUUUGCCUUCAUCUGCCAGGCCAUAGUGGAGGAGGACUGCAUGCCCAUGGAGCAGUUUGGCCAGCACCUGCUGCCCAGCCUGCUCAGCCUCUCCUCUGACCCGGUGGCCAAUGUCCGCGUCCUGGUAGCCAAGGCUCUACGACAGAGCGUCAUGGAGAAAGCUUACUUCAAGGAGCCGGGCUGUGCCUUCUCUGAUGAGCUGGAGGAGACGGUGAUGGCUCUGCAGUCGGACAAGGACCGGGACGUGCGCUUCUUCGCCAGCCUGGACCCGAACAAAGGCCUGAUGGAGACGGCUCCCCUGAUUUAGCCUCAGCCUCCGAGUCCCAUCGCAGCCCACCUGCCUGUCUACCUACCUGUCUGUCUGACUGAUGCACAGUCGGCAUAAAACCUGCAACACCAGCACCUGACCAGAUCCCCAACCUCUCGCCUGCUGGGUAGACCUGCACCAACACCAGCUGGGAGUCAUGUCAGAGGAUCAGAGAACAGAACAACCCAGCCCAGGCCCUGGUUGGGCACUACAUAGCGCACAUUGCAUUCACAACACAAAUGCAUACUUCUCAGAGUUUUCAGAAAAUGAGCAGGACUCAGAGGUUAGCUCCCUUCGUGCGAGCCGCCGUAUUCACACAUGAACUUUACCCCCACCCUCUUCCACACUAACAGCAACUCAAUCCUUCCCCCAAUCACAGACUUGUAAAACUACGACGGGCUCUUUCUCUCCAAAGCUAAUUGUAAGCUUGAUAUAAAAUUGCUGAAUUGAUUUUUUUUUUUUUCUUAAUGCUUCAUUUUGUGGAUUUCUUAACGAACAAGCGGGCGAAGCCUGCCUGACUUUGAAGUGUGCACUAACUCAGGGGGACUCAUCUGAACCUAAACAGCAUUAUUAGCUACGUGAUAAGCAGCAGGAUCCCUGGUGAAAAACAAGACAGCUCCAGCUCUCUGAGCAAGAGACCAGCCAAACCAAGUAGCUCUGCUGGUGUCUCGCGCCUCAUUUCCUCUUAAAGAUCUCCUCUCUCAGGCGUCCCUUGUCUCCUGAGAUGUCCUCUGGGUUAUCGUCUGUUCCCCUCCUACUGUCUCUACCCUCUGGUCUUCAGGGGCCACUGAACCACUACUGCACAGAAGGAGCGGGGAUUCUGUCACUCAGCGUAACUCUCCAUUAAAACCAUAUCAUGACGUUUUUUGAAAGUUAACAAACUGUUGAUGGCUUUCCCCCUCCCCCCCUCCUCGUGUCUGUUUACCAAAAAUGUGACACAACGCGUCUCCCAAACGGCAGGGGACCAAUAGAAAUACCUCUGUGUGGACACGGCUGGCCAGUGUGGCGUACAUGUAGAGGGACAUCACACGGGCUCUGAAUGUCCUCGUCUGAAACAUCUUACCAAGGGCUCACGACGGAGUGACUCAAAUCUCAGAAAGAAGAGGAAGAAAGCAAGCACACUGUUGGAUUAUGCAUGUUUCCCCCUCCCCUCAGCAGCCCCCCUCCACCUUCCUCUUGUGUAUAGUCUCUUCCAGUUCCUUAAGGUUGACCUCCUGAUGUUGAAUUUUGUGACCAUGGUAGCUUUCAGUGGAUCUGACUGACCAGUUGUACAGUAGGAUAUAGGAAUGGCUGUGUGACCAGACUGACUCAUCAUCUUUUCCCCGUUUUUCUUGGUGAAAUGAUUUUAAGUACAUGGUCUCUUGACAUUUUGCAACUUUUUUGUACAGCUUAAACCUGUGGAGAAAACGGUUUGCGUGUAUGGAACCAAGGCCAGUUUAGUCGAGAUGUGUGUGAAUAUUGGGAGCAGUCACCAAGUCACUUUUUGUAGUCUCUCGGGCUCGUUUGUUCUCCUGUUGUAAAUGGUAACCCUUGUUUUGUUUUUUUGAACAUAGACAUAACUUGAGAACUUAAAGCUGAUUGUGGUGUGUGCUGUGCAUCUCAAGUCUUUCUUCCUUCGAACGGAGAGCUCACCGCGGUAAUGGCGGUGUCUACUCAUCUCGUCUGUCUGCGAUUUGUGUCCAUCUCAUUUUUUAUGUAGUAGAACAGUUAAUAUAUACAUUUUAUGAAAAUUAUUUUUCUUUUCAAUUAUGCACCACUGUUCAAAGAUUUUAUAUCCUAACUUUACAAAAUUUACAACCUUUGUAAUAUUCAAUGGUUUCUUUUAAAAAGACAUUUUAUGUAAUGUUAUUUUUAGUAUUCUGUAAUUAAAAUGAUGAAAAUGAA